AUGCUAGCAAAUUCCCCAUCCUACUUUGUGGCCACCUCCAAUAAGGCAUUUAUUCUCACUGAUGCACCAGCUCCUCCAUCAGCUAUGCUUCCAUCAUGGCUUUCUAACUCUAGCAGCACUUUAGCUACUAGGCCAUCUUCCCUUUCUGUGACGCUAAGUCUCUCUCCCUCCACUAUGGUUGCUUCAUCUCUAUUUCCAUGGUUACAACCUAAGAGAAUGCUAAAGAAUACUCCUCCUGUUAUUCAGAACGCAACACCUCAUGGAACUACUUCAGGUUUUAGUGAUAAUAUGCUUGUAUUUGAGCUUGAUGAAUAUUGUAAAGAGCUGGAAGAAGGUCAUCGGGCAUUGUCAUCACAUAGGUGGAGGUUAAAGAAGAUGGGGGCAAUGAUAGGGGCCACACUUAAGUCAUAG